AUGUUUGCUCUCAAAUCCCGAAGCCCCCUCGUCGCCGCUCUUGCCACCCAAGCCUCCUUCGUCUCCCAGGAACAUAAAUUUUUACUCGAUUUGGCCAAGUACGUCUUCCCCAAGCAGUUCGAGGCUCGGACUCUCGAGGAAGCUCUCAUGUCAGUUGAUGGGGGAAACUUCCUGAGGAGCUUCACCAUUUCAGCUUCUGCUUCAUCUAAUGGGUCUCCUCCUUUGAGUUCUAGUGGUAGUAGUGGUGGGGGUGGCGGUCCUGUGAUAUUGGAGCUUCCUGUUGAUAAGAUAAGGAGGCCUUUGAUGAGAACCAGAACUAAUGAUCCAGUCAAGGUUCAAGAACUGAUGGAUAGCAUAAGUGAAAUUGGCCUCCAAGUACCUAUUGAUGUGCUUGAGGUCGAUGGAGUUUAUUAUGGUUUCUCUGGAUGUCAUCGCUAUGAAGCUCACCAGUGUCUUGGGCUCCCAACAAUACGUUGCAAAAUUCGACAUGGGACAAAAGAAACUCUCCGGCAUCACCUCCACUGA